AUGAACCUGCAAAACCAGCAAACGGAGACUCAAGAUCUUUAUGGAUUCCCCAAAACCAGAAAACCAAAAGAAGUCGCCAUUCGCCUCUGUUCGUCUUUCGCCUCUUCGUCUCUGUUCGUCUACAGGAGAAGGAGCAGCAGAGCAAUUCAACAUCGUGUGGUAGCAAAUCUCAGCUCUUCCUUCUCCAUCGUCAUCUCCUCGAACAGAUGCGAGAGGUCUUUGAUUUCUCUAUUCCCCCGCUGGUGGAAGAUUUGGAGUCGUCUUCUCUCUUUCUCUCUGUUCGUCGUCGCCACCGGCUAA